AUGAUUUUUAAAGCGGUCCUUUUAGUGGGUUUAGUUACCGUAGCGUACAGUAUCAAUUCCAAAGGUUUAGCAAGUUUAUCAUCACAAAACCGUCCAACAUACGCUAGAAUUUUGUCUCAAGCUCAAGACACAAAUCCCGAUGGUUCAUAUCACUACAGUUUCGAGACUGAAAAUGGCAUCAAUCAGCAACAAUCUGGAGAACCAAGGCAAAUUGGAAAGGAAAUUGGAAUAGUAGCGCAAGGAUCUGCAAGCUGGACCGAUUCAGAAGGAAAUGGACAUCAGUUGAACUAUGUUGCUGAUGAAAAUGGAUAUCAACCUCAAAGUCCCGAUAUUCCGGUACCGCCAGCUGUUCCAGAACUAAUUGGUAGGGCUCUGGAAUGGAUUAGAAGCCACCCUGAAAAGCCUAAAAAACAGCUAUGA